UCCAUUAUCACCUUACCUGGUUGUGAGUCUGCGUGGUGUUUUGGAGCCACACCCGGUGACUCUGCAUCCACCAAUCAGCUGCUCUAAGAUCCAGAAACACCAAGGAGGUGUACUUCCUGUGUUCGGUGAGGGAAGAAUGGGGCAGGAGAGCGCAGCCAGCGACUUGUAUACCUUUGUUCUUGGGGAAUUUCGUACUGCAGCCAAAGGGAAGGAAAACGAGCGAAAGCAGUGAACAAGACCCUGCUACAUUUUUUUUUUUUAUUUGUGAGACAGCAGUUCAGUGAGAGCGGCUUAAAGAGGACAACAAGGCACAAGGGGAUUGGAGGAGGAGGAGGGGAGAAGAUAAGUGUCAAUCUGUUGUGACUUGUUUGGGAAUUUGAAGAAGUAAGGAGGUGGGGAGAGCCGGAGAAGGCAGCAAGAAAGUGGAGGAGCGUUCAGGCGUAAACCUUAGACUCCCCCCCCCCCCACCAGUGUUAAAUGAGUAGCUUCGUUUUGUAACACGUUUGAGAUUUACUAAAAUAUCUAAGACAAUGUGAAAGCAGCGAAUGCAUACUUGUGUGUUGUGCAAUCCCCAUGUUUGAGAGCUGAGCAGGAACGGGGGGAGACUAGCUCCCCCUUAAUUUCACAUUCAGGUUCUCCAAAUUAUGAUACUAUGGGGACCAAAAGGCCAAGCGGCAUCCUCUUUGACACGUUAUCAAAUAUAAAGAUGUGUGACCGCAACCUUCAGCCAGGCGGAACAAUCUCCAGAGAUCCCAGUCCAAGGCCAGUGAUGACUGUCCAGUCAGAGCGGGCAAGCAGUAGAGAGGAAGAAAGACGGAGUGAUCGGGAAGUGAAGAAAAUGAAAGAGAAGUCCAGGUACAGGGAUACAGAGCCCCGUGAGAGAUACCAUGAAAAAAACCGAGGCCCCGCGCCCAGGCUGAGGGAGGCUGGACGACUAAAGAGGCAAGAGGACGAGAGGAGGAAUGGGAGGCCGCUGUCAACUGCAGAGAGGGAGUAUGAGACGGGGAUUGAAUGGGACGUGAAGAGAGGCGACACGUUUCCCAAGAUGAGAAGAAGCCGUGAACGGGAUGAAGGAAAGGAGGAGAGGCACCAAAGAGACAAGCCAAGCAGGACUGACAUGGACAGCCGGGAGCGGGAGAGAGCGAGCGCUAUGCUAAGGGAGCGGGAAAGAGGCGACUGGAGGAACUAUGAAAAAUCCAGGCAAAGAUAUCAGGAAUCCAACUCUGCUGUCCGAGACCAAAGGAGAGACCUGGAGUCAUGGGACUUGCCAGACAUGAGAGAGAGGGGCGAGGCAAGAGGAAGAGAAAACUUUGAGGGGAGGGAGCCUAGGAUCCCCUCACCACACAGUCAAAGAGACAGGGGGUUGCAUCCUGACAAUAGAAAGCAGGAGAGGACCCAUAGGAGAGCUGCAGGGAGGGGAACGAGGAGCGAGGGGGACAGCGACGAGCGAGAGACAAGACGAGAAAGAGCAAGGGACAGCAGAGAGCGAGAGGAGUUGACAUAUCAACAAAGCAGAAGUGAGGGGGACAGCAAAGGCAGCGGUGCAAGGGAGCAGGACAGAGACAGGCGCAGACACAGAGACGCAUACCUAGUUGGGUGGGGGGAGGAGCGGGAUCGGGGGCGACACAGGGAGGUCGACAGAAGAGUGGUGUGGGAGAAGGGAGGACGGUCCAGCGACAGGAGAGAGAAUCAGCGCUACAGAGCAUACGGGCCGCGGAAGGAAAGGCAAAGACAGGAAAGAGAGGCUGACCCAAGGUGGGAUGACUCAACCCUUAAGGAGGCGGUCUCUGGGGAACAGCCAAGAUCUCAGAGUAGCGGCGAGUGGAGCAGCGAAAUGGACAGUGACACGCGAUGCAGGCGAGGCAGAGACUGCUAUGAAGACGAAGAGUUGGGGAGGGAAAGCGAACGGGAUGACAAGAAGAGUCCACGGAGAGCAAAGAGAGAGGAGGAAGGGAGAAGUGAGCUAGACAGAAAAGAGAUGGCAGCUAGUGUGCCGGAGCAAAGACGGAUGUGGUUAGAACCACAGAGGGGCAGGAAUAGCAAAGAGAACGACUUCGUAGACAGAGAAAGGGCCGUAAAGUGGAAAGAGGGGAGGGGAGAGGAGGGGAGCGAAGCACAGAGACCAUGUGUUGAAAGUCGGAGACGUGAGUUCAGGGAGCAGCAGGAGGGGGUAAAUGUAGACAGAGGAAAAGAGGUCCACGGAGAGUUAGAUCAUCUGUCUGGCAACGAUAGAGGGAUGGGAGAAAGCUGGCAGAGGGAUGCUGACGGAGAGAGUAAUAGUGAGGAGAGCGAAGGUGGAAGUCAGACAGGCUGGAGGACAGACAAAGACCGAAUGCUUGCAGGAGAGGACGGUUUUGUGACCGUGUCGAGUGGCGAUGAUGAUGAAGACGAGCGAGAGGAGUUUCUGGACUGUCAGGACUUUUGGGAGGCUGGGGAUGAAGGUGACACCCCCUCUUCUCUUGGCUACGAGGGAUGGACGAGAGAGGAAAAUGCCAAUAAGGAGGAACUAGAAAGGGGGGAAAAGAAGCCCACGUAUGUCUUUUGUGUAAUUGGACAAACGUUACCAGAACCAAAGCCUGACACGAUGUCACCAUCACUCAAUGAGAACCAGGAGGAGGAGGAGGAAGAAGAGGAAAGGCACAACCUCCUUUCAGAAAGUCUUCAUCAUAGAGGCGGUGAUGUCAACAGGCAAACUCCUGAUGACCCGUGUCUGUCACUGAGGAAGAAUGAGGAGCACCUGAUGAACAGCCAACAGGAGGCUGAUGGGGACGGCGACAGGUCCAUAGAGGACAGCAAAGAAAUUUUAUCUCCACAGGACGAUCAAAGAAUGAGAGCGACGAAAGCGGAGCACCCUUAUGCUGAAAUUGGACCCUUAAAUAGGGACUCACAGACUGAAAAACUCCUCACAGAGUGGAGGGAAAGGAAUAAAGAAAUUGCCGAGAGGGAUAGACUCUCUCCUCUCCCGAGGAAUCCUUACGCCGAUGUCUACCCUCAGGUGACUUUUGAACAAAUUCUGCCUGCCUUAGAAGGGCUUAAUGUUGACGCGAUGAGCUCAGAACAGAAAGAGGCCAUUCGGAUCCGAAUGAGCGGUGCGUGGAGCAUGUCUGAGGAGCCCAAGCGGCAUUCGCAAGCACCUCACCUUAAGUGGGCGAAAAACGUGGUACGGGAGAUCCUGGGACACUCUGGGGAGGACGUGAUCGAGGACCCCAGCUCAGGAGGACCAAAGGUCACUCAGACUGAGACCAGUCAAGUGGAAAAUGUCCCGCAUAGCUUGAGCGAAGAUGAGCUGCAGUCUGAACCGGAGCUGGAGUUGGAGGAGGAAGAGCCUUUGGAGGUGGAGGGGCUGAGAGGUAUGGGGCGGCAAGACAUGCAUGCUGACCAGCUCGCGGCCAUUCAAGCUGACACAUUCUCAUACACUCGCACUGACACAUUGCUAGACACGGAAAGAAGGGAGGAUCAAAAGCCAGUGGUGGAUAAAGAGCCUGAUCCUCGGCCUGACCUCAAUUUAGAGAAGGUAGCUGUAGAUGUGAAAAUGGCUAAGGAGGCAAAUGAGCUCAAGAAGUCUGAAAGUGAGAAAGAGGCAAGCAGAGAGGAGGAAAUGGAGAUGUAUUUGUCUGUGAGCAACACACUUUAUAAGCCAAGUAGCUGCCCCAUUCUCAUUUGUAAGUCUCAGUCAGAUCUCCUCAUGCCCUUUACAGAGGGUGAUGAUGAGGAUGAUGAGCUGGAUGAAGCAGGAGAAGAAUGGGAGGAUAAGGAGACGGAUUCUCCAGAGAGUCAAGGCUCACUGAGCGUAGCAUCAGAAGAUAGUGAGUGUAGCACAGACAGAGUAGACACGGGAGCGAGGAAAGUCGGAGACGCCGCUCCGACGAGCUCCUGCAGUUUUCAAGAUUUAGGUCCCGAGGCUCGGUUCAGGAGACUGGGCAUCCGUAAAACCACCGAAAGAAGAAACAAAGAGCUUGUAGAGGUGGAAGAGGAAGAAGGUGUUGCAAGGGAUCGCAGAACUCGAAUAUUCACUACAACAGAUGAGGACGAUCGCAGUAAAAGCUGGGGAGAGGUGGAGCUGAGGAAUGUUUUGGACACAAUUGGAAGACGGAAAAGGAACUCCAAGUUUUUCAAUCGCGCGCAACUCUACCAGCAGUAUAGCGAAGCAGUCCAGAACUCUGAGAUCCUGCGCCAGUCUCGCUCUGAUGUCCUCUCGGUUAGCGAGGAGAGUUUGGCCUCUCCCGCUCCGUCGCCUCCUCCGGCCCGUCGACCUCUCCCGCCGCUGCCCCCCGUCCCGCACCCCCACUCGCUGUCCCACACAGGUUCCAUCACCAGCGUUAGAAGCUUGCCUCUGCCCGAGCCCCCGAGGAAUGAGGGCAGGCCCUCGUCCCCGCGUCUCUCCAUAUCGCUUACGCAGUCGGCCACGCUGUGGAGGGAACUUCCAGGCGUCAGGAGCAGCAAUGAGCUGGAGGACCUCACGGAGGACGCGAGGCGGCUUCAGGAGGUGCGAUUUGAAGUGGUGACCUCUGAGGCGUCUUAUUGCCGCAGUCUGGACAUUGUCGUCGAGCACUUCGUCAAGUCCAAACAACUGGGGGCGCUAUUGACCACCCAGGAUCGGAACUGGCUCUUUUCCCGGCUCGCCGACGUCCGCGCUAUCAGCCACAGUUUCUUGUCAAAGCUUGAAGAGCGGCUGGAAUCGGACAUCAUUCACUUUACAGUGUGUGACAUCAUCGCUCGCCACUGUCAACGUUUCAAGAUGGUUUACGUACCCUACCUCACCAACCAGUCCUAUCAGGACGCCACCUACCAGAGACUCAUGAAUGAGAAUCCAGGCUUCAGAUGCAUUGUGGAAAAGUUGGAGAGGAGUCCAGUUUGCCAGAGACUUCCCCUUCGGUCCUUCCUUGUCCUUCCGUUCCAAAGAAUUACACGAAUUAAGCUGUUAGUCCAGAACAUUGUGAAGAGAACAACUGCGGGCACUGCAGAAGCGACGCAAGCCAUUAAAGCCUUGAGACUUUUAGAGAAGCUAAUCCAAGAGAGCAAUGACAGUAUCUCCCAAAUGAAAAGCAUUGAGUCGUUGGUGUCUCUCAGUGCCAAGGUGGACUUUGAGUGCAGGACUCUUCCUCUCAUCAGUCAGUCUCGGAGGUUGGUGCGGGAGGGACCCGUCACUGAGCUGAUGGAUUUCUCCCUCAAGGAAACGGAGAGGAAUAUUUACAUGCACCUAUUCAACGACUACCUGUUGCUUUCACAGCAAAAAGAAGGGGCCAGAUUUACAGUGAUAGACCACGCUCCUGUUGGCGAGCUGCGUGCCGAGAACUGUCGCGUCAAACUUCAUUCUCUGCAGAAGAACCUGUUCAGGCUGCACACGUCGAACAAGUCCCUGCUGCUGAGGACCGACACACAGAGUGAUAAGCUACGCUGGAUAUCUGCCCUUUCUCGCCCUCACCCUGAAGUUGAUUUUUCUUCCGCACAAGAUUUUCCACAGAUGCAGUGUAUCAGAGCUUUUGUGGCCCAGCAGCCGGAUGAGUUGUCAUUAGAAAAAGCUGAUAUCAUACUGGUGCAACAAAGCAGCGACCAUUGGGUAGAAGGUAUCAGACUGUCCGAUCAGCAUCGUGGAUGGGUCCCCGAGUCGCAUUUGGAAUUGAUCAACAACUCCAGGGUCCGACAGCGCAAUCUGUCAGACGCCCUCAAACUGACGACGGCCACAGCUGCAGUAUGAGCGGGAGUAAAAGUGAGAGAUUGAGAUGAAAAGACUCUCGGGCUUCUGCCUGCUUCACGGUUCCCGUCGGGACGGAUUGGAGAGUUAACAUUUGUGUCUUAAUUUGGAUUUCUGCCUUUUAAAAGGACAGUCUGUCUCUUUGGGGCGAUCCAUAAGUAGAUGAGACCUGGUCCUGUGGAUUGUAUGUAAAAAAAAAAAAAAAAAAUACUAAUUAUCCUCAUCACAAACAGCAUGUCGGUAAAGUGUGGGGUGGGGGGUGCCACUAUUUUAGGCAAUGUCCCACUCUACUAUUUUAGUGCCUCUACCCUGCACCAAUUUUUUUUUUUUCUGAGGAGGAAAAAGUGUACUAUGACGGCCGUGCCAGCCCACCCACUUUUUAGGGUUCUCCACUGCCCCUGCAUGUAGCUUUAAUACCCUUUUUUAAAGAGCACACGUAUUUUCCCAAGAGAUGUUUAAAGGAAAAUAAUACACUUGUAUAUUGACUACAGAGGAAUAGAUGAGUUCAUGACAGAUGUAUGACGGUAGCCCCAGCAUGCAGGAGACCUGAAUGAGGUAUAAUGUAAAAAUGUGGAACUUCUUAAAUGCACAGAACAUUUUAGGUUACAUAGUGAAUAUGUUUCAAUAAAUUCAGAUUUCAAUCAUGUGUUAAAACAUCAAAAGUUACUGCAAAGUGUUGUUUGUUUAUAUACACACACCCAACGAGAUCCAGUAGUGGACGGUGCAUUU